UGUAGCACGUUCUGACCUUGCUGGUCCUUGGCUAUGAAUGAACGGGUUGCUUGUCUAUUUGCGUACAGGUCAAACAAAGGUUUGUGUAUGCGUGUCGGUCCCCGAGUCUGAUGUGAAAAGCAAGCUUUAUCUUGUACAGACUGCCAGUGACUUAGUCUGCAUGAUUCCGAAUAUAUGUCGUGAAUUGCUAUUACUGCUUUAGCCUCGCUAAGCGUUUGCCGGGAUGAUAGACCGAGAGACGGUUCGCUAGUGGUACAAACACUGCUGUGGCCGCUGUAGGGCCGCGUGCUACCGCUAUCCACUAAGCGGUGAAGCGUGUUGUGUCUUGUUUACUGUACUACAUUCAGUCUCAGGACAGAAAACCCUCUCUCCUGCAGGCGGCUUGAGUUCGCUGUACCUCAGCCGAUGUUCUAGCCGCGAUGCUCUCAAGAAGUCAGCUUCGUCUGAGGUGCCACUUGAGGUGUUUGGAGAAGACUUCGUAAAGGGAGUUCGGUUGUGACGUUCCCAAGUGCCGUGACGGCGAGCGCUUAAGCGAUUAACCUGGGCUAGGCUUAAUGCGUGGCAGUGCUGUACUGCCUUGCCAAGGCAACCGAUUCGCUAUCUGGUCGACAAUAGCAGCCGCAGCAGCAACAGCAGUACCAGUGGCGGCUAGUCGGGAAGCCGUGCCGUCAGCUCUCAAGCCGCCCUCUAAUCAAGAGUCCACAAGACCCAGCCCAACCUGCUGGCAGCCUGCCGGCAGCCUACCGAUUUGCCUGUGCCUAUUUGCUGGGCGGCCAAGGAACCCACAACCCGUCCCCCUCCCCUCCCCCCCAGCCAGCCAGCCAGCCAGCCAGCCAGCCAGCCAGCUUAGUCUACUCAGUAGGAUAGUGAUUCGCAGCAGUCCUGCUCUGUCCUGACGCAGUCGAUAACUUUGGCGAUGGAUCAGGAGACUCUGAAGAAAGCUGCGAUCGCAGUGCCCGCCUUGGCGGUGUUGUGCUAUCUUAUUUACCAGGGCACCAGCGCGCUGAAGGCAUUUUUUCCACGGAAGGAAGUGCCCCAUGAUGUAAAAGAUAAACUACAGGCCGGCUACCAGAAGCUCCAAGCCUCACCACAAUGCAAGUCUUUGCUAAAAAAGUAUCUGACAAAAAAUGUGCUCGAGAGUCUGCAAAGCAGAAGCACUCGAAUGGGUGCGACACUUCUCGAUGUCGUGCAAUCCGGGUUUGCCAACAUUGACUCGGGCGUCGGUGUUUACGCUCCUGACGCUGAAUCGUACAAGAUUUUCGCUCCUUUGUUUGAUCCCAUCAUUGACGACUAUCAUCAGGGAUUCAAGCCUACGGACCGGCACCCACCUUCGGACUUCGGCAACCUUGACACGUUCGAAAACGUCGAUCCCGAUGGGAAGUUUGUCAUCUCCACACGUGUACGUUGUGGACGCUCUCUGCAGGGAUACCCGUUCAAUCCCUGCCUUACAGAAGCACAAUAUCGAGAAAUGGAGCAGAUUGUGUCUAAAACCCUGAAAGGACUGACAGGGGAACUUAAGGGUACAUACUAUCCCCUCACCGGAAUGAGCAAAGCUACGCAACAGCAACUCAUCGACGACCACUUCUUGUUCAAGGAAGGUGACAGAUUCCUACAGGCGGCGAACGCGUGCCGCUUUUGGCCCACCGGACGUGGCAUUUACCAUAACGAUGCGAAAACAUUCCUUGUCUGGGUAAAUGAAGAGGAUCAUCUCCGGAUUAUUUCUAUGCAGCAGGGCGGAGACCUUAAAGAAGUUUUUACCCGCCUGGUCAAUGGUAUCAAAGAAAUCGAGAGGCAUAUUCCGUUCUCUCGCGACAGUCGUUUAGGCUACCUGACCUUUUGCCCAACGAACCUGGGCACGACCAUCCGAGCGUCCGUACACAUCAAGUUGCCCAAGCUCGCGGCAAACAAAGCACGUCUCGAACAGGUUGCCGCGAAGUAUAACCUGCAAGUUCGAGGAACCCGAGGCGAGCACACCGAGUCCGAGGGCGGCGUCUACGACAUCUCUAAUAAACGUCGCAUGGGCCUGACAGAGUACCAGGCUGUCAAGGAAAUGCAGGACGGAAUCCUUGAAUUAAUUAAAUUAGAAAAAGAGGCUUGAGCUUUACAGCUCUAUAUGGCAGAGUGGCAAGAGAACCUAUUAGUGCGAGGCCGUAACUUUUGAAACUAACGGUGAACACACUGAACGUUCUAAUCUUGUCACCAAUCUUGAACCACACUUUAUAAGUGUGUGUUUAUAAAUGUUAUUCACACAACAAAACGCUUGCUCCACUAGGCUGCCGGCUAUUGAAACGACCUUAUUAAUUAGUAUAGAGAACUAAUCGGCAAAGAGGAAGCACCAUUCAAAUAAAAUAAAA